UUUUUAAUUUUUUUUAAGUUGUAAAUUGAUGGUAGACGUGAUAUUAGAAGUAGUCAGUCAUGAACAAUUUUUAGGUCUUGAAUAAUAUAUACAAGCAAUUAGAUUGCAUCCAUGGAAAUAAAUUAUGAAAAAAAGAAAGUUCUGAUAGAAUGGAUAAAUUGUGCAACAGAACAAAAUUCUAUAACUAGUUUGCAAGAUCUAAAAAAUUCAGUGAAUAUACUGAAGAAGCUUCUAAAUAACAUAGAUCCAGAUGUCAAUGUUCCUACUGCUAGUUUUAACGAAUGUCUUUCUUUUGCUGUUUGCUACGUUAAAGGUUUUUUCAGUAAUGAUAUUGUCAAUGAAAAAGAUGUUUUAUAUGGAAAUGAAUUAGAAAUUGGAAAGUUACUUUGUUUAAUACUGGAACUCACUUUAACUUCUGAAAAUAAUAUGGACACAAUUGAAAGAGUGCAAAAUCUUCCUAAGUCUAUUCAAACUGGUAUAAUGGCCAUAACAACUUUGAUCGGUGAAAACAGUCAGAGUGAAAAUCUGUCAGAAGUGUUGGGCAACUGGUUGAUUCAUAAUGAUUUUGAAGAUUUAUCUGGAAGUUCUGGCAUGUCACCAAUUGUAUCAAGAGCAGUUAUGCCCAUUGCAUCAUCAACUAUAUUUGAAUCUCCGAAACUAAGCUCUACAAUUGGUGAUUUAUCAGGAUCACCAUUACAUCUAUAUUCUGUGUCUCCACAAGCAUUGUACAGAAAAGUUGUGGUUGAAAAUAAAAAGUUGAAGCAAAAGGUUCGUCACUCUGAGAUGUUUUUAAAACAACAAUCCCAGUUCAUAGAACAGCUUGAUGUUGAUACUGAAAAUGAAAAAAAAGAAAUGUUCAAUCAAUAUACAAAGUUAGUCAAAGAUCACGAAAUAUUACAACAGAAGUUUCAUGAUUCUGAGUUGUCUUUAUCAAAGCUCAAAGAAGAAAUGGAGUUUUUACAAUUAGAGGUGCAAUCAAAAGAUAAAGAAAUUACAGAGCAACUAUCUACUGUAAAAGAGCUGAAGGAAACAAUAAAAUCUUUAAAUGAAAGUUUGGAUCAUUACUCUGGCACUGAUACAAAGUUGCAAAUGCAGCAAUCAAUCAACGCUGAAAUUGUUUUAAAAAAUACAAAUUUAACAUUAAAAAUUAAUCAAUUAGAAGAAGAAAAAUCUAAUCUUAAAACCGAGGUUUUAAAUGCAAAAGAUGCCAUUGCCAAACUCUCUAAUGACUUAUUAAAGAAACAUGAUGAUUAUAUUGAUCAAACCAAACACCUGCAAAAUGAAGUUAAGCGCUUAGAAACUGAAUUGUUAAACAGCCAAGCAUGUCAAGAGGUUAUAGGGGACACUUUUAAAUGGGAGAGUGAAGUCACAAAAUUAAAGAACUCUUUAAAUUCUCAAGAACACACCAUAAUAAAUAUGGGACUGGACUCUCAAAGGAAAGACAAUAAACUAAAGGAUUUAAUGAAUGAACUUGAAACUAUUCGUCAAAAGUAUGAUGAGGAAAGUGAAAGUUUUAAGAAGCAAAGCAGUCAGUUUAUGGAUCAAAUAAGUGCUUUAUUAAAACAAACAGAGGAGCAGAAAGUAAACCAAGAACAACUUGCCCUAAAAAUACAAAGAGCAGAGGAAAGAAGUAAGCUACUUGAAAAGCAAAUUGAAAGUUAUGAACAAAACGAAAAGAAGAUCAAUGAACAAAUCUUGGUUCAGGGAAGCGAUUUAAAAGCUAAAACAUUCGGAGUAACUGCGUUGCAGCACGAGUUAGAUGAUACAAAGUCAAAGUUAAUUCAGCAGAGCAUGUUGAAUGCUCAAUUAGAAGCAAAGCUGGACGUGUUAAAGCUUGAGAAACAGAAUCGAAUUGAGUUAGAAAAACAGCAUCAAAGCUUACUUAUGGAAAACCUGCAUCUUAAACAUUCACAAGAGAAGUACAACUUGUUAAAAGUAGAAACUGAAAAAUUAAAAAGUUUUGAAGAAGAGUGCAGAGUUUUAAGAGAAAAAAAUGUCCGCUUAGAGUUAGAAUUGAAAUUAAGCGUUGAAAGAUGCAAUGAACUCAAAGAAAAUGCUCAGCUUAACAAACAGUAUGAGCAAAAGUGUAUUGUGUUAGAUGAAAAGUUGACUAAUUUAAAUGAUGCUUUACGUUUAAAAGAAGAUCGUUUUGAAAAAGAAAUAAAGGAAAUGGUUACAACUAAGAAAAAGUAUGAAGCUGAUAUUAAAAUGUAUUUUGACCAAAAUGCUUCUCUUCAAGUUGAGAACAAAGAGUUAGAAGACUUCAAAAAUCGAUUUAUUACUCUUCAAAGUGUCAAUGAAAAAUUGCAAACAGAAAUUGAAAGACUAAAAUGUUUUGAAGAAGAAUGCAAAAUUCUUACUGAGAAAAAUGUUCGCUUAGAGGUAGAAUUAAAAUCAAGCAUUGAAAAAUACAGUGAGCUUAAAGAAAAUGCACAGCUUAAUAAACAGUAUGAGCAAAAAUGUAUUGUUUUAGAUGAAAAAUUAGCAAGCUUAAAUGUAGCUAUGCGUUUGAAGGAAGAGCAUUUUGAAAAAGAAAUAAAAGAAAUGACGAUGAUUAAAAAUAAUAUUGAAAUAGAUAUAAAAACAUAUCUUAAUGAAAAUGCUGUUCUCAAAGUUGAGAAUAAGAAGUUAGAAGAGUUACAAAAUCAGCUUUUUACUAUUCAAACUAUUAAUGAUAAGUUAAAAACUGAAAAUAGCAGCUUGCAAGAGUUUGUAAAAAAAUGCGAAAAUCUGAAGAAUGAGGUUAUUAAAUUGAAAAAAGAGUUAGAUCAACAUUCCAACAAUGCCACUAUACUUCCUUGCAUUAAUAAAGAACAAUUGUUUGAGACAAAUAGUGAUAGUGAACACACAAAAAGUAUUGCUAAAGAUUCAAGAGAAGUGACAGAUCUGAAAAUAAAAUUAGACGAGUUAUUAAAACAAAAAUCAGAUUUGCUGAUUCAGCUUGAUUGUGAAAAAGAACUUAAUAAUGCAUUAAAAAGAAAUAAUUUGCUUGCAGAGAAAAAAGUGGAUGCAAUUUUUUGUGAGAAAGAACUGCUUGAAAAAGAGUUAAAAAAACAAAGUGAACUUUUUGAUGCUGAGAGAAGUGAAGUUAAUGAACAUGUUGAUAAUGCAAUAUUGGAAUAUCAAGACAAUAUUUUAACAUACCAAAAUGACAAAAUGCUAUUUCAAAAAUUGCGCUCAGAUAACAAGAAACUUUGCAGAGAGCUGGAAUCUAGCAAAAAGCUUGUUGUAAACUUUGAAGAAAAAUGCAUGGGUUUGAUGCGUGAUUUGGAAUUAAAGACCAAGAGUAUAAGUCAGUUAGAAAAUCGCUGUGUUGAGCAGGAGAGCAUUUGUCGUAACUAUGUAUCCAAAAUUCGUUCUCUUGAAACUCAGCUCAUUAGUUCUGAAAAUAUCAUACAAAAUCUUAAAAAGACGAUUGAAGCAUUAAACUCUUCGACUAAAUUGCAAAAAUUACAAGAAAAUGAUGUUAGUUCAGGUAGUGACGAUAUGUUAAAAAUAAGUGACUUGGAAACGUUGGAUUCAAAAAAAAAUCGUGCAGAUGAAAUUUUUCAGAGAUCUCGAUCAAUGCGCGAAACGCGUCGUAAAACACUUUUAUCUGUGACACGCGAGGAUGAUGUAUCAGAAACUGAUGACAAUAUUUCAAUUGGAAGUUACUCGUUACGGCGUACUGCGGAACGACGACGGUCUCUGCAGCCACGGAGGUAUCUAGGGGGUCGCACCCCUCCCAGUAAGAGAACAAUAAUGGGUCCACCUGCUGCACAAACACAAAUAUGUAAUUUCAGUGUGGAAGGAGAACAGGAGCCUGAGGUAAUGGAUGACAUGGAAUGGGGAAGAAUUGCUCAUUUGAAAGAAACUUCUGAAGCUGAAACUGAAGAAAAGACUCGCCUUGAUGAGUUGCAUAGACGAAAUACACUAUGUUUGCCUCAUUUAAAAUCGUCUUAUCCCAUUGAAUUGAGUGUAAAAGGAGCUAACCAGCAAGAUGUCCAAAUGAUAUCCUUAGGAAAACGAAAAAAUGACGUUGAAGAAGACGCACCACGCGCUACCUACAAAAAGUGGAAGACAGAAGAUCAGUUGUUAAAUAGCAUUGAUCAUUCUAACUUUGCUCGAGCGGUAAAAUCUGACUCCAAUCUUCGGAAUUCAGAUGCGUCUAAAAUCGAUAAACCCCAUUUUCAGUGCACAUCUUUCGAAAUAUCUGUCGAACCUGCAAAAAGAACUAAACCUUCACGAUUAAAUCGCAGUGUGGCAUUGUCGAGUAUCAAAGAUAUGCAGAAUCAAAAGCAAAAACUUCAGGAAUCAUUAAAUCCAGUUGUACUUUUAAAUCGAAACUCAGAAAAUAAAUCUGCCUCAUCAAAUAUAAAGAGUGAUAAGUCAAAAGACUCGCUUACUCAGCUAACUCGAGGUGAAAAUAAUCGCACCUCGUUUUCUCGGGCCACGCGUAGAAUAACUGCAUCAUUUCGCGGUAAAAUGAUAGCUAAAAAUAAAUAAGUCUAUAUUUUAUGAUGCUACCUUAGAACAUUCAGCAUUACUGAUAUCGAUCAUUAAAUAGGUUGUAAAUUUUUAUUUUGACUUUUUUUUUUUCACGCUUUAUAUUGGUAUCUUUAAAAACGCAGUUCUUUAAAAUUUUAGUAGUAACAUUCUAUUAUCAUUUUAUUAAAUUUUUUUUUUUUUCAUGUAUCUAAUUAAUUGUGUGACUGUGAAAUCUAUAUCAUUAAAUACUUUUGAAAGAUGUACGGGUAUAUAGAGGUGUAUAUAUGAUUUAUUAUCGAAUAUUAUAUGUUUAAUCGUUUGUAAAAUAAAACUUAUCAAUGAGAAAAAUUGCAUAAUCACUUUUUUGUCAGUGGAAGAUUAAACUAUGAAAAAACAAUUUUCCUGA